GCGGCAGCGUGCAAGCCUGCAAGGGAAGCAGCGGGAACCCCCACGCUUGUGAACCUGGCUCUGGGAUAGAAUAGGACCGACAUCCGUGACCCUGCAGGGAUUCCAACGCACGACAUUUAAUCUGUUGUCUCUGGCGUGGCGUUUAUUUUUUAUUUGGACGGGCGGAUUCUGUGUUGCCAGGCAAAAAAAAAAGUCAGCCAUGAGAGCGCGACCUGCGUGUGCCGAAACACUCCACCGUCGCUUCUGACCUUCCCGACGAUCGAGUGAAGCCGAAGAUGUCAGUGUGCAGCGACUUUGCAGAACACGUGUGGAAACCCGGCUCUUGUAAGAACUGCUUCCACCAGCUCAGCGCGCACAGACAGACGGUCAGCGGCGGCCCGGGUGGCGCUGCAUCCGCCACGUGUCUGAAGGGCAGCCUCGGAGGCGAUGAAGAUGCCGCAGUGACGUCGACUUCACCCUACAGCAAGCCCACCAUCGCCGUCAAGCCCACUAUGAUGAGCCUGAACACCAGCGAUUCCAUGGCUGACAUUAACAUGAACAUAGAGAAGAAAAACACAAAAGGCUUGAAGAAGCUUCUGGACCUCUCCUCGCUUUACAUAGGUGGCAACAGCUGCAAUAAAGCCCACAGAGAUGCAUCACUUCAAAGCCCAGAAUCCAAAAAGGACUAUUGCUUUUCUCAACCGUCCUUGUCCCCCAAAGACUCCAUGAUCAUCAGCAACAGAGGUCCUCAAAGUGUCAAGAACAACGCCAAUGCGGACACCUCUAGGCAGCAGAAUAGUACCGCCAACCCCACAAACAAUAGCACUUAUAACUCAAGUGGCGGAGCUAAAAGUUUCAAUUAUCAUUGUCCAAAUUUCCCGGUGGAUGUUGGUCCAACCAGUCCUGCCAAACUCCGUAGCCAUCAUGGGAUAAGUACAACGGUUCUCCCCACCAAGACGUCCAGCACUUCACUCAACUCUUUAACCUCCGCUUUAUCUGUGGACACUUGUACUAACAGUCAGUCCUCUAUCCACUCACCUCCUGUCCUAUCCAAACAAAACAGCCCCUUAGACUCUUCCUCUUCUUUUGGUAGCAGUACAGAUUCACUACCAGCGACCGAAGGUUCUGUUGGGAGCCCCCAAGCGAUGGGUAACUCCGCACCCAAUUCUCCCAACGGACCAGACUCUGAACCCAUUUAUGCAGAGAGCACCAAAAAAAAGCGCAGGCCGCAGGAACAUUCAGAUAGCACAAAACAGACCAAGAACUCCACCGGAGAAAGUCAGCGGGCCACCAUUACGGUAAUGGCUGCCCAUACAGAGCAGAGCAACAGGACAAUUUACCUAAGCAGCCCUGAUUCUGCCAUCAGCACCCACUUUAGCCCCACCACAAAUCAGGACCCUGUUAGCACAGCCUUCCGCUGGCCCAGCCCAAGCCGCAGUGCACCCUCCUUGGUUACAGAAUCCAGUCUUUCUCCGUUUCUCUGUCCCAAGCCUCAGUCUAGUCCGCCCAUUCCACCAAAAAGAACCACUCGGUCACCCAAACUGGGCACUUCCAGCCUUUCUCCGUCCAUCUCUUCACCAGUUCCGCUUCCAGACCUCCCCAGACUAAGCAUCUCGAGCCUCUCACCAGCCAUAUCAUCUCCAGUUCCUCUUCCAGAACUCUCCAUGCUUUUCCUGGUGUCGGCUAAAGAGGGACACUUCAAGGUGCAAGCGGAAAACCACAGCCCAGCAGCAUCUGAACGCUGGCAUAAGCACCACAACCACCACAGCUCUGCCUGGAACUGUCGCAUCGAGGAGGAAGAGGAGGAGGAGGAAAGGAAGGAAGGUGAAAAGAAGAUGCUGACAACCAAUCCCGGGUCUCGUGUGACAAGCCCAGUCAAUGGUGCUGCUGUCUGGAAGGAGUCCAGAGACUGUAAGGCCCUGAGCAGCCCCCCUCGAAUGACAGAGCCAGGCACGGCCCCCCUUCCCCUCCCUAACAAUGGUGCCUGUCAGGGGGAAAGUGAGGGUGCCGCCGCAGAGGAGGGCGGCAAGCAGAGCGGGAGCAUGCCGGUCAAGCAACAUGACGGCGCCGCAACAGAGCCCGUGGCGGCGACAAAGAUAGGAUCAAGCAGUCAAGAGGCCAAUCAAACACCUCCACCGCCUCCACCCAAGAAACAGCACAGGGUGUCCGGACACAUGAGCGGCAGCAACAUGGAGUUGAACCGCUCGUUGGAGAGCCCGACCUUACCCCCUCGGGGCCUGGGCAGCGCCGGCUUACCCACAGCCUCCAGCGACAAUCUAACAUCUGACACUGGAUCUCGGGAUGGAACACGUUUGUCCUGCUCCUCUCCAUUCCUGAGAAGCCCGGGGACCUCGGUGCCCGGUUCUCCACACCCUCCCUCGUUUAGCAUCUCAGCUAACCAGCCACCACCGCUGCCGGAGAAGAAGAUGGUAAACCGCACCGUGUCCGCCCCCGAUAACGCCAGUUCCAAGGGCCUUGUUCUGUCCUACCCACGCCUCCCCUUCACCGGGUCGGAAAACAACGUGUGUCGACCCAACGAUUCAAACUGCCAGGACAGUUUACCCUCCAGUCCUGUUGACCCAAGACCUGUCUUCUCCUCCAACGAGUCUCUAGAUCACUGUCACGCCCCGUUGGGCCGAUCUUUAAGGUCCCGGACUUUAGAUGAUCCGUUUAAGAAUCACGGACGAUUGGGUGUCCACUGCCGAAGCAGCAUCACCUGCUCCUCUUCCCCUCAGCUAAGCGCCCCCUUUAUAUCGACCGAAGCGAGCCCAGCUGGCAACUUGGGUUCCAGUCUGCAGUUGCAAACCCUCCUGAGCAACAUCGACAGUAGAGAAGGAGUGUACUCAAAACUGGGGGGCCUGUACGCAGAGUCUUUGCGGCGCUUGGCUCUAAAAUGCGAGGAACACUUCACGGGUUCCCAGAAGAACCGACUAAGAUUCGAGGAGAGUAACUGGUCCUUGUUCAGGCUCACAUCCAACAAGCCCAGCUGCAACGCGGGAGAUGCUGUGUAUUAUUCUGCUGCCUGUGCCUCCGACCCCAGCAACUCCUACGCCGUAAAGAUCUGCAAAAGUCCGUCCUUGGAGGCCAAGCAGGGCCACCUCUACGGUCUGUCGGUGCAGCAGAGCAUGGCCGCCCAUUACAACCUGCAGCAGGACUGUGGACACUUUCUGGCGUGCGUCCCCCAGAGCAUGUUGCCGUCCGAUCACGUUGCCAUGCCAACGUCACCGGCGGUGACUUCAAGCGGUCAGCAGGCGGAGCGAGAGCGAGUGGUGGUCAUCACGCCGGAGAUCCCUCGUCAGACGACAGCUGAUUUUGCUCGCGACUUCGACUCCUUCCACAAAAGCCACCCGGAAGUGUACGAACGCCGCGUCUGCUUCCUGCUGUUGCAGCUCUGCAACGGUCUAGAGCACCUGAAGGAGCAUGGGGUCACGCACCGUGACCUCUGCCUGGAGAAUCUCCUCUUGGUUCCUCACCAGUGCAAGCAAGGCACUCCUUCCAGUCAGCAGACUGAGACAGUUAACGGUUUGAACACUGCGGACAGUCAGCGUCACCUCCCUCGGCUCCUGAUUAGCAACUUCGCCAAAGCCAAGCGCCGCUCCAUCGAGGACGCUGCGUCAACCAGCGUGGACCCUCGUGUGAAGCGGGAUCAUGCUCGCUUGGCGCCUGAAAUCGUGUCGGCCGCCCAAUACCGCAAAUUUGAUGAAUUCCAAACAGGCAUCCUGAUCUACGAGCUACUCCAUCAGCCCAACCCUUUUGAGGUCAGCCCAGCCCUGAGAGAGCAGGACUACCGCUGCCAGGACUUACCUGCCAUCCCGUCCGUGUCGCUGUACUCCGCCGGACUCCAACGACUGGCGCAUCUCCUGCUCCAACCAGACCCCAUCAAACGCAUCCACAUUCAGGAUGCCAAGCGAAUCCUGCAGAGCCUGCUGUGGGGACCCAGGAAGGACCUGAUGGAUCAGCAGUGGGAAAGGCAGGGGCAAAGCAGGGGCUUGGCGGAGGGGGCCCGGCACGAGGGCCUCCUCAACUGGCUGGAUGUCAAACGAGCACUGCUGAUGAUGAAGUUCGCAGAGCGCUCGCUGGAGCCCGAGAGGAACGCCGAGCUGGAGGACUGGUUGUGCUGUCAGUACUUCUCUUCGGCUCACCCUCUGGCUCUGUGCCACACUGCCGAGCUGCUUUACUCGCUUAAGUGAUGGCUCACUUUGCUGGAAAAAAAUGGGAGCACGGAAUCUUGUCAGGAGAGAGACUGAUAAUAUCACAAACAAAUUAAGACACACACACAGAUUAAGACACACACUCAAAAUUUAAGAAAAUAUGGGAAUUAUUGCAUUGUCUUCCAAGUCCGGCUAGUGCGCUCUCGUUGUGGUUCAUCCUAAAAGAAACCAUACUCAUCUGCUCUAACUGACUCAUCUGCUCUUCAUGAACCUUGCUUGAUCAAGCCAGGCCAGAAUCCCAAACUGUUCCCACAAAAUAGGAAGCAUGCAAUUGUCUAAUUAUACCUUUCCAUGAUGAACAAGUCGGAUUCAAGAGGUCUGACUCAUUUAUCUCAAUGGGGUUUCUUCUUGGCUUCCAUCAGGGUUCACAUCUUGGUUCCAACUUGUUUUCAUUCAACAUUGACUUCCAUUCCAGAACUGAAACAUUCAUUCAUUUUCUACCGCUUAUCCUCACGAGGGUCGCAGGGGUGCUGGAGCCUAUCCGAGCUGUCUUCGGGUGAGAGGCGGGGUAAACCCUGAACUGGUGGCCAGCCAAUCACAGGGCACAUAUAGACAAACAACCAUUCACACUCACAUUCAUACCUAUGGACAAUUUGGAGUCGCUAAUUAACCUAGCAUGUUUUUGGAAUGUGGGAGGAAACCGGAGUACCCGGAGAAAACCCUUGCAUGCACAGGGAGAACAUGCAAACUCCACACAGAGAUGGCCAUGGGUGGAAUUGAACUCGGGUCUCCUAGCUGUGAGGUCAGCGCGCUAACCACUUGACCGCCGUGCAACUGACACAAACUUUUAAAUUUUUACCUUCACGGAAACUGACCGUCUUCCUCAUUUUAUUAAAGAUUUGGGUUAGCGGAGUCCCUCAAGGUUCCCUUGUGAGUCCUCACCUGUUUCAACACUGGCUUCCAAUCUAACUGCCACACUUCAAGAUAAUUCAGAUCCAAAAUACUGAAAGAGUGGAUCUGUCAGGAUUCACUACUCCAUCCCUACCUUUAAUAAUUUAAUAUCUAAGAAUGAACUAAGGAAUCUUGUACAAUCCCAAUACUUUUGUCCAUAUAGUGCGUAGCUAGCCAGGUGCAGAGUAUGGCAUUUACAAAAAGGAAACACCGUGAAGCCCCCUACUUCCUGUUAGCACUACCACUACAUGCUUCAAGCAGCCGUCCAUUUCCAUUCUCAUGAGGUUCAUUUUGGUAGUGCUGCACUUUCACGUCUGUCUGUUGUCCCAUGCUGCAUUUGAAGUAUAAUUGGCAUUUCUACUGUUGUUGUGAGCAAAGUACUCAUGUGGUGUGUAUUCCACGGGACCCUUUUUUUUUCAACAAUACCCAUUGGAAUGUUUUCAAUUGAAUUGUCUGAUGACUAAACCACGUGCAAGUUUUUCUUCCCUUUCUUUUCGAAAGAUGCUGACACUGUGCCUUCUUCUUUGUGUGACUCCACAAAAAUGUAAAGAAAUAUUUGGGAGGGUUGUUGCUGUGAAACUGGUUUUUCAUAACAACGCUCCAUUUUUCGACAGUUAAUGCCGCGAGCCGGUCGUAAAAAACUAAACUUGCAAUAUGAGCGGCAGUUAAACAUAAUAUUUAUGAUAUUUGUUAUCCUGUAGAAACACUGGAAGGUUGUUUUUUUUAUGGUGGCAGCCUGUUUUACUUGGAGGUAGCAAUGUUUUAUACCUAAUAAAAGUGUCCAGAUUCAUAGACUGCAUGUAUUUUUAUUUUUAAGGGUGUGAUGUCAUUACUAAUCAUUUGACUGUGUGUGUCAAUCAAUAAACUGCAUUUAUUUUUUCAUUAUAGAAUCUGGUGGUUUCGUCGGUAGCUAGCUUUAUGAUUACUUAACACUAAGGAAAUUAACAAGAGGAACAAAAAACAACCAAAAAUGAAUGAAAACACGUUUACACUUUACAUGACACGUACAUGUAGCUUACCGAGUACAAAUAGAGUGUUUGCUUCAAAGACGGUGUACGUUGUUCACCUUCUUUUGGCGGGUAUUUGGUAUUUGGUUUGGUUAGGAAUGGAGGGAGAUGUGACUUGCCGUAAAUGUAGCCGUAAUG